AUGUCCGCCCCCAGCGAGAGCAUGCCCCAGGGCACCCUUCAGGUCCACUCCCAGGGCACCGAGUCGCCGAUCCCUGGCUCCGUCGUCGAAGAUGCAGAGUGGCAUUGGCACUUGAAGCCCAAAAUCGAAGAGAUGAGAGACCGCGACGACCGCGCCGGCGUCCCUCCCCGCGAGCUGGGCAUCACCUGGAAGGACCUCACCGUCCAGGCUGUCAGUUCCGACGCUGCCAUCCACGAAAACUUUACCUCGCAGUUCAACAUCCCAAAGCUCGUCAAGGAAUCCCGCCACAAGCCGCCCCUCAAGACCAUUCUCGAUGCGAGCCACGGCUGCGUCAAGCCCGGCGAGAUGCUCCUCGUCCUUGGACGUCCCGGGUCCGGCUGCACAACCCUCCUCAACAUCCUGUCCAACCGCCGCCACGGCUUUGCCUCGGUCACGGGCGAUGUCCACUACGGCUCCAUGGACGCCAAGGAGGCCGAGAAUUAUCAGAGCCAGAUCGUCAUGAACACCGAGGAGGAGCUGUUCUUCCCCACCUUGACGGUCGGCCAGACCAUCGAGUUUGCGACGCGCCUCAAGGUACCUGCGAAGCUGCCCGACGGCACCAGCUCCCCCCAGCAGUACCAACAGGAGACGCUCGGCUUCCUCCUCGAGUCGAUGGGUAUUGAGCACACGCGGCACACAAAGGUCGGCAACGAAUUCGUCAGGGGUGUUUCGGGUGGCGAGCGGAAGCGCGUCUCUAUCAUCGAAUGCCUGGCCACGAGGGCCUCGGUCUUUUGCUGGGACAACUCGACCCGCGGACUCGACGCCUCGACGGCCCUCGAGUACAUAAAAGCCGUCCGGGCCUUGACCGACGUCAUGGGCAUGGCGUCCAUCGUGACCCUUUACCAGGCCGGCAACGGUAUCUACGACUUGUUUGACAAGGUGCUCGUCCUCGACAGCGGGAAACAGGUCUUUUACGGCCCCGCCAGCGAGGCCAAGCCCUUCACCGAGUCCAUGGGCUUCGUCUGCCGCGACGGUGCCAAUGUCUCCGACUACCUCGCCGGCCUCACGGUGCCGACAGAGCGCCUGAUCCGGCCGGGUCAUGAGAACACGUUCCCGCGCAACGCCGACAUGCUCAAGGCAGAGUACGAGAAGUCGCCCAUCUUUGCUGCCAUGACGGCCGAGUACGACUACCCGACUUCAGACGAGGCCAAGGAAUGCACGAGGCUGUUCCAGGAGGGCGUCGCCGGAGAGAAGAACCGCCACCUCGCCUCGGGCAGCACCCUCACCGUCAGCUUCCAGGCCCAGGUGAUGGCCUGCAUCGUGCGCCAGUACCAGAUCCUCUGGGGCGACAAACCCACUCUCAUCGUCAAGCAGGGCUCGACGGUGGUGCAGGCCCUUAUUGCCGGCUCGCUCUUCUACAACGCCCCUGAGGGCUCCAUCGGUCUCUUCUCCAAGUCGGGUGCCCUAUUCUUCUCGCUGCUUCACAACAGCCUACUGUCCAUGUCCGAGGUCACCGACUCGUUCAGCGGGCGCCCGGUGCUUAUCAAGCACAGGUCGUUUGGCCUCUACCACCCAGCCGCCUUCUGCAUCGGCCAGGUCGCUGCGGACAUCCCCGCCAUCCUCCUGCAGGUCUCCCUCUUUGCCCUCAUCCUCUACUUCAUGGUCGGUUUCACCAUGUCUGCCUCGGUAUUCUUCACCUACUGGAUCCUGCUGGUGGCCGUAACCAUGUGCAUGACGGCGCUUUUCCGCUGUGUGGGCGCCGCAUUCAGCACCUUCGACGGCGCGUCCAAGGUCUCGGGCUUCCUCGUCGGUGCCCUCAUCAUGUACAAUGGCUACAUGAUCCAGAAGCCGCUGAUGCACCCCUGGUUCGAGUGGAUCUUCUGGAUCGACCCGCUGGCCUACGGCUUUGAUGCCCUGCUAUCCAACGAGUUCCACCAAAAGACCAUCCCUUGCGUAGGCCCCAACUUGAUCCCCAACGGCCCCGGCUAUGGCGACUCGGCUCACCAGUCCUGCGGCGGGGUUGGCGGCGCCAUACAAGGAAACACGGUCGUCUCCGGCGAAGACUACCUAGCCUCGCUGUCCUACAGCCACAGCCAUCUCUGGCGCAACUUUGGCAUCAUCUGGGCAUUUUGGGCCCUGUUUGUCGCCCUCACUAUCGUGGCCACUUCGCGCUGGAAGUCAUCGUCCGAGUCCGGCCCGUCGCUUCUCAUCCCCCGCGAAAAGGUCAGCGUGGUGAGAUCGGCGCUCCAGGUCGACGAAGAGUCCCAGGUCGACCACAGCCGCGAGAAGCGUGUGGAAAGCAGCAGCAGCGAUUCCGAGGGCACCAUGGUCGACAAGGACGCGACGAAUAUCAACGGCAAGAACAGCAGCAACGGCAAGGACGAGCCGGAUCUUAUUCGCAACACGUCCGUGUUUACGUGGAAGAAUCUGUCCUACACGGUCAAGACACCACAUGGCGAUCGUCUCUUGCUGGACAACGUGCAGGGGUGGGUCAAGCCCGGCAUGCUGGGUGCGCUUAUGGGCUCUUCCGGCGCCGGAAAGACUACCCUUCUCGACGUACUCGCGCAGAGAAAGACGGAGGGUGCAAUUACCGGGUCUAUCAUGGUUGACGGUCGUCCUCUACCCGUUUCCUUCCAGCGCUCUGCCGGCUACUGCGAGCAGCUUGACAUCCACGAGCCCUACACCACUGUCCGCGAAGCCCUCGAGUUCUCUGCCCUCCUCCGCCAAGGCCGAGACGUGCCCCGUAGCGACAAGCUCAAGUACGUCGACACCAUUAUUGACCUCUUGGAGCUGCACGACAUUGCCGAUACGCUGAUCGGCCGCGUGGGUAACGGCCUAGCGGUAGAGCAGCGGAAGCGCGUCACCAUCGGCGUCGAGCUCGUCUCGAAGCCUAGUAUCCUUAUCUUCCUGGAUGAGCCGACUUCGGGUCUCGACGGCUCCUCGGCCUUCAACACGGUGCGCUUCCUCCGCAAGCUGGCUGACGUCGGCCAGGCUGUCCUGGUCACCAUCCACCAGCCGUCGGCACAGCUAUUCUCCCAGUUCGACACGCUCUUGCUGCUGGCCAAGGGCGGCAAGACGGUCUACUUUGGCGACAUUGGCGAAAACGCGCAGACGGUCAAGAACUAUUUUGCCCGCCACGGCAUGCCGUGCCCUGACGAGGCGAACCCGGCCGAGCGCAUGAUCGACAUUGUGUCGGGCAGCCUGAGCCAGGGCACCGACUGGAACCAGGUGUGGCUCGCGUCGCCCGAGCACGCCGCCGUCGAGACGGAGCUCGACCGCAUCAUCGCCGACGCCGCCGCCAAGCCGCCCGCGACCGUCGACGACGGCCACGAGUUCGCCAUGCCGCUCUGGCAGCAGAUCCGCAUUGUCGCGAACCGCGCCAACGUGUCCAUGUUCCGCAACGUCGACUACGUCGACAACAAGCUUGCGCUGCACAUCGGCUCAUCCCUGUUCAACGGGUUUUCCUUCUGGAUGAUCGGCGACUCGGUGUCAGAGCUGCAGCUCAAGCUGUUCUUCAUAUUCCAGUUCAUCUUCGUCGCGCCCGGUGCUCUCGCGCAGCUGCAGCCGCUUUUCAUUGAGAAGCGCGACAUCUUCGAGGCCCGCGAGCGCAAGUCCAAGAUGUACUCGUGGAUCGCCUUCGUCACGGGCCUAAUCGUGUCCGAGUUCCCGUACCUAUGCUUGUGCGCCGUCCUAUACUUUGUGUGCUCGUACUACACCGCCGGACUCCCCUCAGACUCGAACAGGGCUGGCGCCGUCUUCUUUGUCAUGCUGUGCUACGAGUUUAUCUACACCGGCAUCGGCCAAUUCAUUUCCGCUUAUGCGCCCAACGCCACCUUUGCUGCCCUGACCAACCCUCUGCUCAUCGGCCUCCUAGUGUCUUUCUGCGGCAUGUCACCCCAUCUCUGCGUGCUCGUUCCGUACCAGGCCAUCCAGACCUUCUGGCGGUAUUGGAUCUACUGGCUCAACCCGUUCAACUACCUGAUGGGCAGCAUGCUGACGUUCAGCAUCUGGGGCGCCGACGUCAACUGCAGCGAGGGCGAGUUUGCUGUCUUGGACCCGCCUAACGGCACCACGUGCGGCGAGUACCUGGGCGGCUACCUGCAGGGCAUGGGCGCCGCGAGCAACCUCGUCAACGCCGACGCCACCGCCGCCUGCCGCGUGUGCCAGUACACGGACGGCAGCGACUACCUGCGCUCGCUCAACCUGAACGGCUACAUCUACGGCUGGCGCGACGCCGGCAUUUGCGUCAUUUUCGCCAUCAGCUCGUACGUCAUGGUGUACGCACUCAUGAAGCUGCGCACCAAGACGUCCAAGAAGGCCGAGUGA